AGGCUUGAUCGCCUAUUUUGGUCGUCCUUAACAGCACACACAACUGAUUAAACAGCAGAUCAUAAAACAAUGAACACUGUUUCGAUUGCAGUUUCUUCAUCUUCUCCUUCUCAAUCUGUCUUCCCUCGAUUCCCAUCAUCAUCAUCAUCAUCAUCAUCUUUUUCUUCUAGAAGCAGAAUCUGGUUUCCUCAUCCUGCGGUAUCCUACAAUUACAAUUACAAGUACAAGGUGGCGGCGGGGAGGAGAUUAGGGUGUGGCAAAGAGGAUGAGAAGAGAAAAUCAGUGGGGAUGGAGUUGGAGUUGGAGUUGGAGAAGGAGAUACUGGAGAAGGAGAAUGAAGUUGAGCUGGGAGGAAUAGCGGAGGUCCUGGAGUUCCUGGAGAAGGAAGCUAUAAUGGGUGACGAUGUGGGGAGACACCCCACUGAUUACAACAGGAGAGCCCAGAUUUUUUACAGGAGCUCCAGGGUCUUCCAGGCCCUCAAACAAUCUCCUACUUCUACUCCUAUUUCUACUUCCACCCCUACUUCUGAUGGUUAAUUGAUACUCCUUCCGUCCCAUAAUUAUAAUCUAAAGUAGUAUUUAGCCCUAAGGUGAACCAUGUAUGGCAGGUGACUUGAGGCGUCGAAACUUUAAAUUCAUUUCUAAGUUUAAUUCCUACGCCACCAGGUGACAUGUACAAUUAUAUUAUUCUUAUUCAUUGUUAAAGGAAGGAACAUAAAUAUUAUCUAGCUAUUUUGUGUGUCAAUUAAUUAAAAUAGGGUGUGUUUGUAAAAAUUUUGAAUUUGAAUAAUUAUAUAAUGUGAUAUAAAUAAAAAUUGAUGUGAUGUUUUGAAUGUAAAAUU